CUUGAUUGUUCGGGGCAGCUGGUGGCGGCGCCCAGCACCCAGCGGCUCCGGGGGGCUCCGGGGGGGGCUCCGGACCGGACCGGACCGGACCACCGGACCCAGGGACCCCGGAGCGCGGGACACGGGACGGGGCAGCCAGCCCCCCGAGGGGCUGGGUCAUGCUGUCCCGCAAGGGCAUCAUCCCAGAGGAGUAUGUGCUGACGCGGUUGGCCGAAGACCCCACCGAACCCCGCUACCGCGCCCGGGAACGGCGGGCCCGCUUCGUGGCCAAGAAUGGCAACUGUAACGUGGCCCACAAGAACAUCCGGGAGCAGGGCCGCUUCCUCCAGGACGUCUUCACCACGCUGGUGGACCUCAAGUGGCACCACACGCUGCUCAUCUUCACCAUGUCCUUCCUGUGCAGCUGGCUGCUCUUCGGCAUGGUCUGGUGGCUGGUGGCCUUCGCCCACGGCGACCUGGACCACCACAGCCUGGCGGCCGGCGGGCCCGGGCCCGGGCCCGGAGAGGCCGGCGGUAACGGGGGCUUCGUGCCCUGCGUGACCAGCAUCCACUCCUUCACCUCGGCCUUCCUCUUCUCCAUCGAGGUCCAGGUGACCAUCGGGUUCGGCGGCCGCAUGGUGACCGAAGAGUGCCCGCUGGCCAUCCUGGUCCUCAUCGUGCAGAACAUCGUGGGGCUGAUGGUCAACGCCAUCAUGCUGGGCUGCAUCUUCAUGAAGACGGCCCAGGCCCACAGGCGGGCCGAGACCCUCAUCUUCAGCAAGCACGCGGUCAUCGCCGUGCGCCACGGCCGCCUCUGCUUCAUGCUGCGGGUGGGCGACCUGCGCAAGAGCAUGAUCAUCAGCGCCACCAUCCACAUGCAGGUGGUCCGCAAGACCACCAGCCCCGAGGGCGAGGUGGUCCCCCUGCACCAGGUGGACAUCCCCAUGGAGAACGGCGUGGGCGGCAACAGCAUCUUCCUGGUGGCACCCCUCAUCAUCUACCACGUCAUCGACAGCAGCAGCCCCCUCUACGACCUGGCGCCGGGCAACCUGCACCACCACGAGGACCUGGAGGUGAUCGUCAUCCUCGAGGGCGUGGUGGAGACCACGGGCAUCACCACCCAGGCCCGUACCUCCUACCUGGCCGACGAGAUCCUUUGGGGCCAGCGCUUCGUGCCCAUCGUGGCCGAGGAGGACGGGCGCUACUCGGUCGACUACUCCAAGUUCGGCAACACGGUGAAGGUGCCCACGCCCACCUGCACCGCCCGCCAGCUGGAGGAGAACCGCAGCCUGCUGGACGCCCUGCCCCUCACCUCCCCCAAGAACCAGCUCAGGAAAAGGAGCGUGGCCGGGGCCAGGGCUAAGCCCCGGUUCAGCAUCGCUCCGGAUUCAUCCUGACGCGUCCGGUCCCCGGGCCGGACCCUAUCCUCCGCCUCGACCCCCACUCUGACCCCACCCCCAAUCUCGGCCACGGGUGGGGGUCCAAUGGGGCCCGUUGUCGCCUUGAGUCAUGGGGUCAAGGACACGGGGGAUGUGAGGCCUCCUUCUCCACCCUGAGACGAGCAGGAGAAAACUGGGACCGCGGGCCUCUCAGCCUUGACUUAUUGAUCCUCGUGGCUCCACCUAUGGCUGGGGUCCUCGGGACGCUGUUGUCCCGCCCGUCUGUCAGCCUGGGGUGUCAUGCAGUAUUUAUCGCACUAUUUAUGGUUGCGCUGCUCACCGCCACUCGGUUAUUUUUGUCUGUGCUUCUCCUGGCCUGGGCUAGGCCGAGCCGGGCUGCCGCCACAAGGGAGACUCU